UAAACACUGUUAUUCAAGGUAUUUGUUGAUACAGUUAGGAACAACUUUAAAUGUUAGCUUUAGAGUAGUAGUCAGGUGUCCAGGGCAGUGAUUUCUGGACUCUUGGGGUACCUAAGACUUUGUAAGAGCUAUAGCUCCCUUCCCUCCAUGACAAAUGCUCUCGUCCAGAGCUGCUAUUACUGAAGGUCACGUGUCUUAGUCAUGUGUGUUGGGCCAAGAAAUAAUUUCUAACUGCUCAUCUGGGAAUUUCCCCUCACGGGGGGGACUCAUCUUUCACACAGACACAUAAAAUUCACCUGGUGCCAGCUACCCAUCUAGUGACUCCCAGCUCAUUACUUGAAUGAGAAAAGAAACUCAACAAGAGCCCGGAAGUAAAGAGAGGAUCUUCCCAAAGAAAACUGAACUCUUACGCUUUUGAGUCAUUAGUGUCUGAUCUGCAGGUUGUCCUCCCAUUAUAGAAUCGUAGUCAGUUUUUACAGUUUUACUUCAGUAAAUUUAUUUGGUGGACUGUAUGUCAUCUCGGGGGAAGGAAACCCCGUAUUAGGCUAUAUUGUGACUGCAUUUUGGCACUAUUUAAAGCUUGGGGUACAGGGAUAAGGAUCACCUCUUUAAAUUGAAACUUUGUAAAGUCAGAAAAGAGUGUGGCCUUUUAAAAAGUAGAAUUCUCAGGGUGCCCUUUUUUUUCAGGAUAACCUUGGCUGUAAAGACUAAUAGAGUUGUACAUACGGGGAGCUGGAGGAGCCUGUCUGGUGGGGGGCCUGAUGCCGCUGAUAGGGGGUGCUUGUCCCCAAGGAGCCUUCUCUCACGUCAGGUGUGUGACCAGCCUGUUUUGUUUGGUAGAGGGGAUAUACAAUGGCUUUUAAUUUCAUUCAAUAUUAUAAAAUUGCUCUUUGGUUUGGGCUACUCAAGGAACAGUCUGUCACUUUGAACUUUGGGGUAGCAAAUGCUCUCUGUGCUUGAAAGUGCUGGUGGCAGUGACACCUGUCUAGAGCUUGUUUAUUAGCCCGUAGGGCAUCUCAUCAAGUAGAGGAACUAGGUAAGAGUGUAAGGGAGGGAGGGAAGCCAGGAGAGCUGUGAAAAUGGCUUUUCUUUGGUGUAGACUAUUUUUCACUUACAUUUUUAUGAAUUAGUUGUUCUUAAGACUGUUAAACACUUUUAAAAAGUAAAUUGAAAAAGAUACAGUUUAAGUGGUCAUAUUGAAGUAAAGAAAUAAUAUCCACUUUAUAGGCUUAAUGAUACAUCAUAAUUAGCUAAUUUAUUCCAUGUGAUUGUGAUGUCUGGGAGACAAGCCCGGUAUGAUGAUGAGCUGCUGUUAAUGUGAUUCUAUCCUACUAAGUAUCAUCAGGAUUUAAGGGAAGACCUUCCCAGAGAUUCUUGUAUAUCUAUUUGACGAUAGCUUUCCUGUUUUUCCCUUCCUGUCCCAUUUUUUACUCCUCCAAAGUCAUGUUAUGCUGGUACAGCCAUGCCAGUGUGCCCUUGAGUAACUCCAAGUCUGAAUCCUAAAAAGCAGCUUUCACUUAGCCAGCUGCCUUUGUCAGUUUCAGCCUUGGAUGUCACCUCUUGGUAAGCUUUUCCCACUCUUCCUUCCUCCUUCCCCACCCAUCAUCUCUUCUCUCCACUGAGUUCUACUCCAAUGGAUGGUAAUCUCCCAGAUCACCCAGCAGCUGAACGAAUUCACCCACCAAGGGGAAGCCCCACACUGGGGUUACUUACCCCUUCCAGACUCUUCCUGAGGAAAGCAAGUGACCUUCCAUGUGGCAGAAGUAAAUGUAUCUUAGUUUGGCCUUGUGUGACUUAUAGAAGGGGAAGUUUCGGGGAACUGGAGAGAAGAUGCAUUUUUAACAGAGGAAAAACAUUUAGCAGAGACUGUCCCUUCUGCCUUCUUCGGGUGUGUCCCUCUUCUGGGCAUCUCGUCAGGAUUUCAUUCCUCCCUCCAACUGCCGUUCACAACUGCCCUUUCCAACUGCUCCAGAACUCUUGGCCCUGGCAUUCCGUGAUGUAAAUUAUUCCACGCAUGGCUCGAAAUGGGUGUGAAGCAGUGUUGCCAGGUGUCGGAUCACUAGUUUGUCAUGGAUGAUGAUGAUGACUCGUGUCUCCUUGAUCUUAUUGGAGACCCACAAGCAUUGAACUAUUUUCUGCAUGGACCUAGUAAUAAAUCUAACAAUGAUGACCUGACUAAUGCAGGAUAUUCUGCAGCCAAUUCAAAUUCAAUUUUCGCCAACUCUAGUAAUGCUGAUCCUAAGUCAUCCCUCAAAGGUGUGAGCAACCAGCUUGGAGAAGGGCCCAGUGAUGGACUGCCACUUUCAAGUAGCCUUCAGUUUCUUGAAGAUGAACUUGAAUCUUCUCCUCUUCCUGAUCUCAGUGAGGACCAACCUUUCGACAUUCUUCAGAAAUCCUUGCAGGAGGCCAAUAUCACUGAACAGACAUUGGCAGAAGAGGCAUAUUUGGAUGCCAGUAUAGGUUCAAGCCAACAGUUUGCACAAGCUCAGCUUCAUCCUUCUUCAUCAGCAUCCUUUACUCAGGCUUCUAAUGUUUCUAAUUACUCAGGUCAGACGCUGCAGCCUAUAGGGGUGACGCACGUGCCUGUUGGAGCAUCAUUUGCGAGCAAUACAGUGGGUGUGCAACAUGGCUUUAUGCAACACGUGGGGAUCAGCGUUCCCAGCCAGCAUUUGUCUAACAGCAGUCAGAUUAGUGGUUCUGGUCAAAUACAGUUAAUCGGGUCAUUUGGUAAUCACCCUUCCAUGAUGACUAUUAAUAACCUAGAUGGAUCCCAAAUCAUACUGAAGGGCAGUGGACAGCAAGCUCCAUCGAAUGUGAGUGGAGGGCUUCUGGUUCAUAGACAAACUCCUAAUGGCAACUCCUUGUUUGGGAACUCCAGUUCUAGUCCAGUAGCGCAGCCUGUUACUGUUCCAUUUAACAGCACAAAUUUUCAAACGUCUUUACCUGUGCAUAACAUCAUCAUACAAAGGGGUCUCGCACCAAACUCGAACAAAGUCCCAAUUAAUAUACAGCCAAAGCCUAUCCAGAUGGGUCAGCAAAAUACAUACAAUGUGAACAAUUUGGGAAUUCAGCAACACCAUGUCCAACAGGGGAUCUCUUUUGCUUCUGCAAGCUCACCCCAGGGCUCAGUAGUUGGUCCACACAUGUCUGUGAACAUUGUAAACCAACAGAACACAAGAAAGCCAGUCACCUCACAAGCAGUGAGCAGUGCUGGGGGCAGUAUUGUUAUUCAUUCCCCCAUGGGCCAGCCUCACGCGCCCCAAAGUCAGUUCCUCAUACCUACAAGCCUUUCCGUCAGUUCCAACUCGGUACACCAUGUGCAAACCAUAAAUGGGCAACUUCUUCAGACUCAAUCCUCUCAGCUCAUUUCUGGCCAGGUGGCCUCAGAGCAUGUCAUGUUGAACAGGAAUUCUUCCAACAUGCUCAGGACCAACCAACCAUAUUCUGGACAGAUGCUCAACAACCAGAAUACCGCCGUCCAGUUAGUGUCUGGGCAGACGUUUGCUGCCUCUGGAAGUCCAGUGAUAGUCAAUCAUGCCUCUCCUCAGAUUGUUGGUGGACAGAUGCCCUUGCAGCAGGCAUCACCAACUGUAUUACACCUGUCACCCGGGCAGAGCAGCGUUUCCCAAGGAAGACCUGGCUUCACCGCCAUGCCCUCGGUGACAAGCAUGUCAGGACCUAGUCGGUUCCCUGCUGUCAGUUCAGCCAGCACUGCCCAUCCUAGUCUUGGGUCUGUAGUUCAGUCUGGUGCAUCAGGAUCAAACUUUACGGGAGAUCAGCUGACCCAGCCAAACAGGACUCCAGUCCCGGUCAGCGUGUCUCAUCGUCUUCCAGUUUCUUCUUCCAAAUCUACCAGCACCUUCAGCAACACACCUGGAGCAGGAACCCAGCAACAAUUCUUCUGUCAGGCUCAGAAAAAAAGUUUGAAUCAGACUUCCCCCAUUUCUGCUCCCAAAACCGCAGACGGCCUGAGGCACGCGCAGCUCUCUGGGCUCUCGAACACCGCACUGCCAGGACAGGAUUCUGGAAGGAAAGUUAUAUCGGCAUCCUUAGGAACUGUACAACCACAGCAGGAAAAAGUAGUCGGAUCAUCUCCUGGCCAUUCAGCUGUGCAGGUGGAUAGUCAUUCGGGAGGACAGAAAAGGCCUGCUGCAAAACAACUAACUAAAGGAGCUUUCAUUCUCCAGCAGUUACAGAGGGACCAAGCCCACACUGUGACACCCGACAAAAGUCAGUUCCAAUCACUAAGUGAUGCGGUGCAGAGACUGCUCUCCUACCACGUGUGCCAGGGCUCCAUGCCCACUGAAGAAGACUUGAGGAAAGUGGACAAUGAAUUUGAAACAGUUGCCACUCAGCUCCUAAAAAGGACCCAAGCUAUGCUUAACAAAUACAGAUGCCUUCUCCUAGAAGAUGCCAUGCGGAUCAAUCCCUCUGCUGAGAUGGUUAUGAUCGACAGAAUGUUCAACCAGGAGGAAAGAGCUUCCCUGUCCCGAGACAAGCGCCUGGCACUUGUAGACCCUGAGGGAUUUCAGGCUGAUUUCUGUUGUUCCUUCAAACUUGAUAAAGCUGAUCAUGAGAGCUUUGGCAGGAAUGACCAGCAUGGCAGUAAAACAACCAGCUCUCUACAUCUGACGGCCAAAGCCCAAAGCAGGGACCGAGCCAAACCAGGAGUGACCGAACCAACAAAUCAUGACCAAUUUCAUCCAGUGCCUAAUCACAUCGUGGUCUCUGCAGAAGGAAACAUUUCUAAAAAAACGGAAUGCCUUGGCAGAGCACUGAAAUUUGACAAAGUGGGCUUAGUUCAAUAUCGGAGCACAUCUGAAGAGAAAGCCAGCCAGAGAGACCCCAUGAAGGCCAAUGAGCGCUCUCCCGGCCCUGAAGGGCAUCGGAAAACCUCAUCCAGACCAGAUCAUGGUACUGAGGGCAAACUCUCAAGUAUCCUGGUAGACUCGCACUUGGAGAUGACGUGUAACAAUUCCUUCCAGGACAAAACUCUGAGGAAUUCUCCAAAGAAUGAAGUUUUACACACAGACAUCAUGAAAGGGUCCGGCGAGCCCCAGCCAGAUCUCCAGCUCACAAAGAGUUUAGAAACCACAUUUAAGAACAUCUUGGAACUCAAAAAGGCUGGGCGGCAGUCCCAGAGUGACCCCACUGUUAGCGGCUCUGUUGAGUUAGAUUUCCCCAACUUUUCUCCAAUGGCUUCGCAGGAAAACUGCCUGGAAAAGUUCAUCCCAGACCACAGUGAAGGCGUUGUAGAAACUGACUCCAUUUUAGAAGCAGCUGUAAAUAGUAUCCUAGAGUGUUAAUAGCAGCAGUCCUCCCUGCCCCUGCCCUGAGACCCCGCCCCAAACAAGUUACAUUCUUUCCUGGCAAAAGCAAGUGGAAACGGUCUCCUGUCUCCAGCCUGCUUGAUCUUUCAUCACAGGUUAUUCUUUGUAAUCUCAACCCUGUUCUUUGUUUAAGAGCAAUACUUGUCAUGGUUACACGGAGAUCCUUUAGUAAAAUUAAUCCUGUUAGAAAGCAGUCUGAUAGGCCCCACACAUUUCAAGUGUUAUGAAAGUGCUUAUAGUCAUUUUUUGUUUGUUUAUUUGUUUUAUUUAAAAAAAAAACAAAAACACUGUAACUCAAUGAGACCACAGUAUACUUGGCCCUGGGUAAAAUUUUGACAAUCAUAAGUCAUUUGAAAAGAACAGACUUAUUAAAGAAAAUCAAACAGGACUGAUAGAAGCUAUUUUUAAAGAAUAUCCCACUGCAUCUCCAAAUUUGGUUUUAUGGGGUUUUUUUGUUAUUUUGGAUUUUUUGUUUGUUUGUUUGUUUUGUUGGGGGAAGAACACAUAGUUCUUCCCCCCCUCAGCCAUCUCUGAGCAGUAAGUUGCUGGCUGCUCUGCCAGGGACCCCACAGCCCUGGUGUAAAAGCCAGUAGCACAUAAGCAGGGCAUUUGCAGGGCUUCCCUGUUGAUGAUUCAAGUGCUUUUCUGAUGCUCCAGGAGCAAAACCUCAUGCUUUUCAGCAUAUCAUUGUUGAAUUUCAUCUAGGGAAUGUUCUGUUCUUAGUUGCAACAGCAUGACUUGAAUUUCACCAGGCUAAAUAAAGGAAGAUGGAAACUGGUUAAGAGGCACAGUGUACAGGGGAGGCCGGGACAGAGCCAUGAGGAGUAUAAUAUGUAUAUAUGUAAAAGCAUAUAUAUGUUAACUAUUGAGAAAAAACAAGAGUUUUGCAUUUUAUAAUUGGAUAUAGUCAACAUAUGAUGUAUGUUUUUGUUUGUUGCUGGGUUUUGUUUUGUUUAACCUCUUUGCACCGUCUCCCACAACAAAUAGCCAAGCGUCAAAAGCACUUUCAUUUGAAAACUAUAUUGUAAAUUUUUCAGUUUAAACUUAAAGGGGACUUUGGCCUUGUUUAUAUUUCUUGUCUGAGAACAGUAGUCACCCUGGCAGCAAUCAUUACCAAAAUACAGACAAACCAAAGGUAACCAUCCAGCCCACCACUGAAAAGAAAAGAUCUGAGACAUGGGAUUCCCAUUUGAGAGCCAAAGGUUAUGCCCUGUUACAGUUUGUUUGGCCCGUAUUCAUAUUAGUGAACAUGACUUAUUGCUUUAUUUAUUUAUAUUUCUUUUCAGGGAGUGUUCCCAGUUUUCCUUUCUUGUAUACCUGUCCCAGUUUAUCAAAUUUCUGUUGUUACUUUCAUUCUUAAUGUCAUUGUAACCAUCACGUAUCUCCUAUCAUGGGGAAAGCUACAUAAUAGUAUUUUAUACCCAUUCUUCUCCCACGCACACAUAUGCAUGAAUCUGAGCUGCUUGGAUCCAGAGGUCAUUUUGGUUACAGUGUGCAUGUGCAUACUCACUCUUCCUCUUGCGUGCCCACUCUCUCAUUUAUUCUGUUUAUCGCCCUGGCUUUAGAAGUGCAUCCACUGGUCUCCACUUUAGUGUUGCCAGGAUCUGCUACUGGCUGUCCCCAGCAUGGGGAUGACCCCCAUUGUCAUCAUGUUGGGCAUUCCUUUUCCAGAUUGGCCUGUGAUGAAAAGGAAGGUUUCUGAUUAUUGGAAAACAGCAACAGAAGACCUAUAACUGACCCCCACCCCUCUGUGCCACCACACAAAAACCCUGCAAAACAGUCUUUCUUCAUAAUAGCAAUGUACCUUCACCCCUGGCCAAUAGAAUGUGGAAAAUAUGGGCCAUUUUAGGGUUACCAUUUUUUCCUUAUUUGUGCCAAUGUCCAAGUUGCAAAUUUCCCAUUUUUCCUGUAUUGUAACAUAUUAGAAAGAUAAGUUGGUAUUGCCAGUUGGAACUUUCUGUUUGGGCAGCCCUGGGGUAACACCCUGCCCUAAACUCCAUGAUUUCAUAGGCUCUUCUUCUCUUAGGGCUCAUGCUCCCCUAAUUCCUAGCAAGACUUAACAAUACUCCCUCAUGAUCAAAUUCUUUUCAUUGUGGAAUGUUAUACCUGGAAGCCUUUAUGUGGGCUGCUAAUAAGUUACAUUAAUUACUUUGAAUCAGUGGAAUUCUCAAGAGACAAGAUAAGCUUCAUGUACAUUUGCCACCUUUCUUCCCUAUCCUGCCCUGCUACCCCAAUCCUAACUUUUCUACAUACCAUCUUAAAGGGUUUUUAAGCCCUAACACUUGUCUAGCAAAUGGAGAGCCUAAUUUACCAAAAUGAAACUUGUAAAUUUUUGUGUCCUUGUAUGUAAGUUUACUUUUUAUGGAGGAAGGAUUCUAGAUAAUGACAAAGAUUACGAAAUGUAUUUUACUCCUGUGAUUAGGUUAUGCGCACAUGGGUCAUAACUCGCAUGUCGAGCCCCCUUUGGUGAAGGGUAAGAGAGCUCAGCCUCAGAUGGCCAACAUUCAGUUGUUCAGGUUCAUUAGUCAAAGUUAAGUUUAACUACUUGUACUCAGUAACAAAAAUCAUUUUCUUUUUUUUUUUUUUUCUGUUGUUGUGGAAAAGUGUGAAUUUGUUAUUAAGCAUUUGAUUUUCUGUGUCCUUACGUACUGCCUAAAGAUAAAGCAAAUUUUAAACUGGCAAUUACGAAAAAAAAAAUAUUUUAGCUCUGAAGAAUUUAGUAGACUCUGUUAGAUUAGGGAGGCCUUACAGACUGACUUGACUUAAAGAGGACGCGUCACUCGCUGUCAGUGUGGUGUGGGCUUUAUUUGCUUAAAUACCUUCAUUUGUAUAGUAUGUCUCACUUGAAAUUGCUUUGUAUACAUUUUGUAAAAAUAUUUAUAAAAUGUUUUGUAAAAAAAAGUAUAACAAAUUGCAGUUUAUUUUGUUAUGUUGGAUAAAUACUGUUAAAAGAAACCAGUCAGUAACUAUAUUGUUAAUCCAUGGUUAGGAAAUGUUUAGUUGGAGAUUACAAAAUGAAACAACCAUUGCAAUACAGCCAAAGAUUUGGGAAAA